AUGUCAAUGUCUCACGUACCUUGUGACAUUGUGUUGGUGAUCGACGUUUCUGGAAGUAUGGGAGCUGAUGCACCGGUGCCUACUAAUCCUGGUGAGAGAAGCGAACGUUUUGGCCUGUCGGUGCUGGAUCUGGUCAAGCAUGCUGCUCUCACCAUUCUCGAGACUCUGGAUGACCGUGAUCGCCUCGGGAUCGUCACUUUCGCGACCAAGUCAAAAGUGAUCCAGCCACUUACCUUCAUGAACAAGAAGAAUAAGAAGAAGGCCAAGUCGAAUAUCGAGAGCAUGUAUCCGCUGGACAUGACCAACCUUUGGCACGGCAUUCGCGACAGUCUCGGCCUCUUCGAUGGUGACUUUGACACUGGUCGAGUUCCAGCUGUCAUGGUUCUUACAGAUGGUCUCCCAAAUCAUAUGUGCCCACCGCAAGGUUAUGUUCCAAAGCUACGCAAGACACACAUUCCAGCUACCAUUCACACUUUCGGCUUUGGCUAUAGCCUCCGGUCCGGCUUAUUGAAGUCCAUCGCUGAAACUGGCGGUGGCAACUAUGCCUUCAUUCCUGAUGCUGGCAUGAUCGGUACCGUUUUCGUUCACGCUGUUGCGAAUUUGCAGUCCACUUAUGCAAACAACGCGAGCUUACGGCUUAACUAUCCGGGGCAUGUCAAUUUGUAUCAGACUACCGGCCCAUCAGCCGACACGCAAGAGCCCAUCCAAGUGGGCGGAAGCAAUCAGCUCACAAUUCCACUGGGAAACAUCCAAUACGGACAAUCUCGAGACAUCUAUUUGCGAUAUGACAACAACCCGACGAACCGCGAUGAUUUCCUGGCGCCGCCAAUCCUUAGUGCUGUACUUGAGUUCAACUUGAUGACCUCGCAAGUUCACAAACUGGUGGCACAUCGUAGCCUCAGCAAUUUCACGACCAUGACUGAGGCCGAGAUCGCCUAUCACGUUUCUCGAAGCAAAAUUUGCGGUUUCUUGUCUUCUCUGUAUCCCCUGCGAUCUGACUUCGAACACAAUGCAGUUGACUGGCACUUUUCUCUCGGCUCAACCAAACUCCGCGGCUUAGUUGCUACGCUCCCUGCCGCCAACUACGCCGACACGAAGAAUGUCUCUCUCAUGGAAGAUCUCUCAGCUCCGGAACCCAAGGGACAGGUCCUUCUGGCUCUUUCAAGACAGGAUUACUGGAAGAAAUGGGGUGCUCACUAUCUUCUUUCUCUCCUGAAUGCUCAUGCCAAGCAGAUCUGCAACUCGUUCAAGGAUCCUGGCCCGUUGCAAUAUGGUGUCGACAGCCCACUGUUUAUUCAAUGCCGCGACAGAUUGGACGAGGCCUUUGACAACCUUCCGGCGCCGAAACCCAGCAACUACACCGAGUACAGGGGCCCCAUCUAUAUGAGCAGCUAUAAUAGCUCUAGCAAUCCUUGCUUUGCCGGAUGCUCGACGGUGACAUUAGCCAACGGAAAGGACAUUGCGGUCUCGACAAUGCGAAAAGGAAUGAGAGUUGCUACACCUCUGGGUCCUAGGAGGGUGGUGGCUAUUCUAAAGACGCCAGUCAGGAGAGAGAUCAUGUGCAAAGUCGGCGGAUUGCUCGUCACUCCUUGGCACCCCGUGUCUCUAGAUGGGAAGUCCUGGGCCUUCCCUAGUGACAUCGCGGAUGGUGCCGUGCGAUAUUCAGGUGCAAUCUACUCCAUCCUAUUGCAGAAGGAUCGCCAAGUCGAUGCCCACGCUGUGAAGGCCGGUGGUCUCUGGGGCGUCACGCUCGGCCACGGACUUUUGGCCGGCGAUGAUGUGAGGGCUCACCACUACUUGGGGAACUACAGCGCAGUCGUGCGGAGCCUCAAGGGUUUGAGACUCGAUCACAAUGGUGUUGCACUGGGUGGAGGUGUAAAGCGGAGCAAGUCAAAUGGCCUGGUCUGCGGUUUCAAGAAGCCCAUGGUUAGACGGAGAGAAGUUAUACCUUCAGCACUGGUUCAGACCAAGGUCGUGUAUGCAUAA